GAGUCGUCGAGCCGCCGUGGUUCAUCGUCGAGCCGUGCGGCUUUCCCGAAUUAUCAGCUGCACUCGGGCCGCAGAACACGUACGCACACGUUUUUCGUCAGCUAGCCCAGUGGCCUCUUACUGUCCCGCUAUACACUCUGCGGAUGCUACUGCCAGAGUAGCGCGCACGACGGAACACAGCGGCGAAUCCGCCGGACGUUUGGAAAGCGUGCGCAACUGAUACUCGCAUUCGCGAGUGAACGACAUUGGCGCGAGUGUAUCCGAGACAAUUUGUUGAGCUGAACGCUCGUUGUGUAACAGAAUGGCGCUAACGUGUUGGGAGAAGAUAGCACUUGUGAUAGUAGCAGCGGUCGGCCUGCGAAUAACCGUCCGGCUGAGCUUGACGGUCUGGAGGAAGCUGAUAGCACCGAAUUUGGGCCUUGGUAUCGACGUUGCGAGCCAGGGUAAGUGGGCAGUGGUGACCGGUGCCACCGAUGGACUCGGAAAAGCUUUCGCGCAAGCUUUGGCGAACAAAGGCUUGGACAUCGUCUUGGUGUCGAGGUCUCUGCCGAAAUUGGAAGACGUGGCUGCCAACAUUAAGAGGACUUACGGGGUAGAAACUCGCGUCGUCGAGGCUGAUUUGACCGAGGGACAAGCUGUUUACAACAAAAUCGGCAAGGCUAUCGAGGAGCUUGAGGUAGGCGUGCUGGUGAACAACGCGGGCACGAGCUACGAUCACCCGGAGCUGUUCACCCACGUGAGCGAGGAGACGAUCUCGAGGAUCCUGCAGCUGAACGUGGCCGGCGUGACCGGUGUCGCGAGGCAGGUGCUUCCUGGAAUGAUGGAGCGGGGCAAAGGCGUCGUUAUCAACGUCGGCUCUGCGGCCGGUGCAAUGCCGAGUCCCUAUCUGGCCGUGUACUCGGCGAGCAAGAUGUUCGUCGACAAACUGAGCGCCGAUUUGGCUGCCGAGGCCGCCCCCAGAGGUGUCACCGUUCAAUGCGUUCUACCUGGACCCGUUGCCACCAAGAUGUCCAAGAUCAAGCGCGCCACGUGGAUGGCACCAACACCGGAACGUUUCGUUGAGGCAUCACUGAAAACCGUAGGCAUUGAGCAACGCACGACCGGCUAUCCACCACACUGUUUAAUCUUGGGUUUCAUCAAUGGAUUACGAUGCAUCUGCGAGAAAGGUGCCGUUUGGUUAGUUGCAAGGACAAUGCUGAACAUUCGUGGACGCGCGCUUCGUAAGAAGCCGAAAGAUGAGGCUGCCAGUGUAUCGAAAGAAGACGAGAGCAGCGAAGCUCUCGCUAGUUAAACACAAAGACUAUAAUGUAUAAUGAUGUGAUUCUUAUGUGCUCUCUUACGCGCGCGCGCGCGGAAGUUUGUUUUUCUUGUUCUAGAAGAGGAUAAAGGUGACGUUGUGCAAGCUUCGUUUGACCGCUGGGUCGUUGCAUAUAGUUAUAUACCAAUCGUGUGUUCCGGACGUGAAGCGACGUUUCGUUGAUUCAGUGCCUUAAUAUUUACAAGCGAUUGUUUGUAUAUGUUUUUUUAUUUUGGGCUUUGAGCGAGCAACGAAUUGACAGCCACGAUAUGCGUCCAUGUAAUCACGAUUUGUACGAUCGUUGUUUUUUUUCUUUUUGUUAUUAAUAAAGAUAUAUAGUUUAUUUACGACAUCGACCUUGUC